AUGGGAGACAAGUCCAAAAAUAAUAAAAAAUAAAUGAUUACUAGUAGGAUUUUGAUGAAAGAUUAUCUUUUUAGCUAUGAAGAUUAUGAUAAUCUGUAUACUUAGCUCUAAAGCUAGAUCAGCAAAAAAUUUAAGCUUCCAGAAAAAAUAGAAGAGAAUUCAGAGAAAGCAAAGUUUGAUUAGUUUUUUUAGAUGUUAAGAAAGAAAAGAAACACAAUGGUAAUGGAUUUAGUAAGGACUUUUUUAGAGGAAAAGGCAACCUUGAUAAAUAAAAAAUCUAAAAAAGAAGCUCUAGAAGAUAUUGAUAUUGAUUUGGAUGAUGAUGAUGAAAAUUCAGAAGAACAAGACGAAGAUAAAUAAUUAGAUAUUGUUGCUGAGAAAAAUGUUAUGAAGCUAACUGGAGCAGCUUCAAAGAAGACAAUAUAUAAGUCUAAAUAUUUAAAAAAAAAAAAUUAAACCUUGAAAAAUAUGCUGAAAUAAGUGGUUGAUGAUGAUUUCAGUGAAGAAAAGGUAACUGGAAAACAAUCUGAUAAAGACUCUUAUAGGAAGAAUUUUUUAGAUUUUGAAUAAAAUAUGUUUGAUGAAUCUAUUUCAAAUUAUGAUGAGAUAUAAAUUCCUAAUUGCUUUAAUAAUGGAAACAAAAGAUUAAUUGGCUUAAAUAUUAAUUCUAACCAAUAUGAUAAUCCGAACUCGGCUGAUAAAAGCUAAUAAUUAAAUAAAAAUAUAAAGCAUCCUUAAGGAAAUAACUGCAAUGAUUACUUGAGCAGAUUUUACAAAAGAUAUAAUUAAAAUGAAGCAAUUUUCUUUUAAAUUUUAGAGAAUGAAAGCAAACUUACUCAUAACAUGGAAGAAAGGAUUGUUUCUAAUUCAGGUAAUGAUAGAGAAUUGCAAUAAUGUAGUAUAUGUUUACAGUUGCCAAUAGUACCUCUCAAAUGUUAAAAUUGUACAUAAAUGGUAUGUGCUAAAUGCGCUUUUGAAUGGAUUUAAAAGAAAAAUGAAUGUCCUUAGGGCUGCUCAGGAGAAUGGAAACUCUCUAAACCCUCAGAAACAGAAUUAGAUAAAAUUGUUUUACAGUAAUACUUUUAUUGCUAAUUUAAAUAAUUUGGUUGCUUUUAAACAUUUAAAAUACUUGAUUUAAUUUCUCAUGAAUCUGUUUGCUCAUACAAAGCCAUUCCUUGCAAGUUCUGUAGAAAUUAAGUUAUGUAAUAUUAAAUGGAUGACCAUGAAAAAAAAUGUGAAUACAGAGUUUGUAAGUGUAAGAAAUGUUCAUUUAAUUAUGUAGCAAGAGAGAAGAAAACACAUAACUGCUUAAAAACAGUUUUAGGACAUUACUCAGAUCUAAAAAAAGAGUUUAAGAAAUAUUAGCUAGACACAGAAGAGAAACUUUUUAAUUUUGAAAAGUAAUUAAAUGAAUUGAUGGAAAAAAAUAAAGGCAAACUUGGCAGAGGUUAUCCUUACAGUGACUAUACAAGUAGUAAAAAAUUUUUUGGGUUCUUAAACGGGUAACAAGAGUAAUAAAAAUAAUAAUAAUAACAAUAACAAGUUUUAAUAUAGCCAUCCUAAAACUAUUCACUAAAUCAACCAGUAUUACCUUCAAAUCCAAUUUAAAACAAAAACUUAAUGAAAAUGCCAAAUAAGCCAAUGCUAAAUUAUAUUUCAUAAUAUCCUUCUUUUAUGAAUGCAAAUUAAAGCAAUACCAGUAGUAAUAAUACUCUAAAUUUUAAACCUAUGAAAGCUGUAAAUACUUAAAAUAGUCAACCUCCCAUACCUUAUAUAAAUAAUGAUCUUAAUAAAACUGAAAAAAUUCCCAAUUUGAUUGAAAAAGAGUAAGAAAAAAUAAAAAUUUCUAACAAUUAAGGCUUUUUAAAUUUAAAUAUUCCAUCGAGUAGUCAGUCGUAGAGUAAAAUUUUAUUUUAAAACUAAACAAAUGAUAACAUUUAAGAUAGAAGCAACCAAAGUAAUUUAAAUUACCCAAUGUAUCUUAAACUACCUUAAUUCAGCAAUCAACAAAUGUAAAUAAAUCAACCAUUAUUCAAACUAAAUUAAGAAAACUCAACAAAUCCUCCUGUAAAACCCUAGGAUUAAAACUCAAACUCUAUAAAUUCUAAUGAAAGCAACAAUUAAUUUAACAACUAAUUUGAUAUGCCAAUAGAUUAAUUUUAUGAUUUUUAAAACACUUAUUCUCCUGAUUAUUUCUUUUGA